CUCGCUCUACUCGCGAUCGCUACAAACCACAGUACGCUUCAUUGUCGCUGCACACGCAAGCGCUCCACUCUAGACGCGCAUCUCUGCAGUCUCUCUUCCUUUGAUUCUGUCUCUCAAGUAUGACCAGCAUGCUAGAGUCUUGCUCAACGCCCCUGAUCCAAGCGUCUUCCCCGCGUCGUUCACGGAACCAGCUCAUCAGCCUCGAGCUGGCAUCGCAGCAGAUACAGCCAACAACGAAUCCAUGGCUUGAUCAGACAUCGUCUCUUUCUCUUCUGAUACACCGCGCUGAGUCUAACGCAUUCAGAAGGACGAUCUAGACCGAUUUGAACGCCUUGCACACGAUACACGCAUGACAAAGGAACCAG